CUCAACUUCAUUCCGAGUAAACCACAAAAAAUAAAACCCUUAAUUCAAUAUGUUCCGUUACCUUGCCAUCUGUGCUCUGGCCACGUUUGUUGCCGCUGCUCCUGGUUUUGUGGAGCAACAUCAUGUGGUUGCCACCGCUCCCGUUGUGACCAAGGUGGUGCAAGCCGCUCCUUUGGCCACUUCCCACCAGAGCUUCACACAGUUCCACAACCAGGCCGUCAUCACGCCCGUCGUUAAGACCGUUCCAGUGGUGCAGCAUGUGGCUCCAGUGGUGCCAGUUGUCAAGCAUGUGUCGCCAGUGGUGCAUCAUGUGGCUCCCGUUGUGCCCGUCGUCAAGCAUGUGGCUCCAGUGGUGCCAGUGGUCAAGACCUUUGUUGCACCCGCUGUGCACCACCAGACCUAUGUGGCUCCCGUCUCUGUGGUCAAGACCGUGCCCCACGCCGUCUCCCACCAGAGCCACACCCAGAUCCACCAGAAGGCCGUCUACACUCCAGUUGUGAAGACCAUCGCCACUCCAGUGGUGCCAGUUGUGAACCACCACGUUGCUGUUGCCGCUCCCGUUGCCCAUGUCUAUCACCAUUAGGAAACUUAUUUAUCGAUAAAUCUUUGAUUGUUGAUUAUUUGAAUAAAUAAACGAAUGUUGAUCUAA